UUCCGGGGCGUCGCGGCGCGUCCCCUCGACCUCGGCGAUGGCGGCGCUGCGGGGCCUGCGGGGCCCUCCCGGGGGCUGCGGCUGCUCCCGGGCCCGCCGCGGCCCGGCCUCGCUGCCCGCGCGCUGCUGCGCCCCCGGGGGCCGCCCCGCCGCCGGCCCCGGCACGGUGUGGCUGUCGUCGUCCCCGGGCCGCUCCCGCUCCCGCUGGGCUGCGGCGGCGGCUGGGGGCGGUGGCCGGGGGGGGGUCCCUGGCGGUGGCGCUGUCGCUGUCCCUCGGGGGGGGGCCCGCUGAGCGCGGGGGAGCUGGAGCUGCACCCCCCGAGCCUGCCCUGGAGCCACGGCGGCUACCUGGCCGCGCUGGACCACGCCAGUGUGCGCAGGGGGUUCCAGGUGUACCGCCAGGUGUGCUCCGCCUGUCACUCCAUGGAGUUCUUGGCCUUCCGGAACCUCAUCGGCGUCACCCACACCGAGGCCGAGGCCAAGGCGCUGGCAGAGGAGGUGGAGGUGCAGGACGGCCCCGAUGAGAACGGGGAGAUGUUCAUGCGGCCCGGGAAGAUCUCGGAUUAUUUCCCCAAGCCCUACCCCAACCCCAAGGCCGCGCGGGCCGCCAACAACGGGGCGCUGCCCCCCGACCUCAGCUACAUCGUCAACGCCAGGCACGGGGGCGAGGACUACGUGUUCGCCCUGCUCACGGGGUACUGUGACGCCCCUGCGGGGGUCUCGCUGAGGGAGGGGCUGCACUACAACCCCUACUUCCCUGGGCAGGCCAUCGGCAUGGCCCCCCCCAUCUACGACGAGGUGCUGGAGUACGACGACGGGACCCCGGCCACCAUGUCCCAGAUCGCCAAGGACGUUUGCACCUUCCUGCGCUGGGCGGCCGAGCCCGAGCACGACCACCGCAAAAAGAUGGGCCUCAAGGUGCUGCUGGUCUCGGGGCUGCUCGUGCCCCUGCUGUACUACCUGAAGCGCCACAAGUGGUCGGUGCUCAAGAGCAGGAAGAUGGUUUAUCGGCCCCCCAAGUAGGGCCUGGGCCCCCAAACCGGGCUCUGGGGGGGCCCCCCGAGCUCCCGGCCCCCCCCCCAGGAGGGGCAUUGGGGGGUCCUCACCCCCCCUCGUGUUCGACCCCAGCCUCGGCCCCCGCGGGGGCUGCGGGGUGGGAAUAAAGUCUGGGGUUCCACCAGAGAAA